AUGUCUCAAAUUUCAAAUGAACAAGGCUCUUCUUCUCUCGAGAAGAAACGGUUACUCUCCUCUACACCUUCUUGUACAGACGAAACUGGUAAGAGCAAGAAGAAGAAACAUUCUUCAAAAACCGAGAAGGAAGCUCUUCAAGCAGAGCAUUAUAACUCUGUAAAACAAAUUCUGGAGCUUUUGCAUUCAAAGAAGAAUCAAUUAGAGGGAGAACCAUCCUCUACGCAUAAGAAUCAGAAGAACUGGAGGAUGGACUGCAUGGUAUGGGACAAAAGUGAACCUUUAAUCACUUCUCAAAAUUUUAUCAAUUCAAACACGAACCAAUUGGUAAUGCCUUCAGUGGAAAAUGAUUUGUUCAGCAACGAUACUUCCCCAGCCUGUAAUAUGGACUCGUUGAAUUCUUCAACCCAUCAAAAGGAUCCUUUAUCCAGAAACGUCAUGCCUCAAAAAGAAAUUGUAGUGCCUAUAUUCUCCACUCAAAAGGAUCCUGUGGAGAAAUCUUCUCAACCAAUGCAAUCUCAACCAAUACAGUCUCCACUUGUAAAAUCUCAACCCUUUCAAUCUCAACCUAUGCAAUGUCACCCUUUGACCUCUUCAUCUUUUGAGAGAGAUCCGUUCAACUUCUCUCAAAAAGAUAAUAUGAUUCCCCUCUCUGGGACAACCCAAUCACAAUUGUCCAUUAGUGCAAACAAUGUACAGGAUGACAUUUAA